AUGAUGGAUCUUCUGGGCUCAAUUCUGAAGAGUAUGGACGCACCUCCGACAACCGAGGUUGACAAAAAGGCAAAAGGUAAGCUUAUUUUUAUUCCAUAGCCGAUUAAUGUUUUAUUUAAGCUUAUUGUCUAGGUCGUAACGAGAUACUUUUGAUUCCAAAUCGUUGUAAAAUACAAUAUAAGACUUAGUUAAGGUAUAUCAAGCGGACGUCCAAAAGUUGUAUUAAAGUUAUUUCGAUCUAGGUAAACUGCAGAAUACCCUGCCACUUCGAAGCUGUAUCCCUGAAAGAGCUGGAUACGUGGAUACGCAGUUAUCACUUUAUGCGCUUUUCUACCCUCUGUGGCUUUAAGAACGACAAACAGACAUACUGUAUGCUUUUUAUCCUGUCUUAAGUGUAUAUUGAAGUGGAUACGCGUAUAUGCGGAUACGUAGUGACCGAGUUUCCGCGUAUCCACCUAUUUUUAGGGGUUGCUUUAAAGUGGCAAGUUAUUCUGCAGUUAAGCCCAAUAUUAUUAUAGAUUUCUCAACUAACUCACAUCAGUCGACCUGAUAGCAAUGUUAACUAUCGACUAAACGUAUGCUUAUUACACAUUAUUCAAGUAAUGAGUAUGUGAAUUUUGUGGUUGAUUAAUUUGUGUCUUGUUCCGCAUGUAGAGGAAAAAGCCAAACUCAAGAAACUCCAAAUGGAAGAAAAAAAGAAAAAUGCUGCUUUUCGUGCAAAGGUAAGCUUGUAUAGAGCCUCGAUCUAGCUCUUGGUGGUUUUUCUGAAUGGUAAAUUUGAGAUCUAGACUCGGGGUGCAUUUUAUUUCCUCUGGACAAUCCAAGAUUGGAUUCUUUGGAUUCUUUGGAUUUUUUUUGAAGAGAGAAAGCAAAAAUCCAAAAAUGGAUUGUAUAGCAUGCCAAAAAUGUAUUUAAAUGCAAUUUAAAGGAGGUAACAACUAAGAGCACCUUAAGUCCCUGAGGUCAGCUGUCUUUGGCAUGGGCAUGCCCAGUAGCUGGUUACAUUGAUCAUGUGAUUCUUUGGCGCAUUCAGUUUUCCUUCGUGCUAGGUUCUGUCAGCCAUUUUCUUUCCCUCCCCCCUCCCCCUAGGCUUUGGUGGUUUUUCUCCACUGAUGUUUUCAGUGUGACGGGUGCAUGUUCCUUUCCUUUGGUGUUGGGGCUCAUGGCUGGGUCGCUGUUGUGCCAGUUAUGGGGGCAUUAUUUCACUCUAGAGACUGGCUGCCAAUAGUGGAAGCCCCUGGAUACUCCUGGCACCCAACCUCCAUUUUAGUGAUGCAAUAAUAUGCAUGUCUCAGGGGAAAAGGCUUAUUAACCAAUCAGGUUUUACCACAGAGAUGCCAACCGCUGGAGAUCUAAAAUCUGGAGACUCUCUUUUUUUCACUACUUCCCCCCCCCCCGAAAUUUCAACAGACCUCGCCCCCCUGACAAAUUGACUCAGCCCCCAAUGUCAAUGGGAAUGACUUAGGCCAUUAUAUGAAGUCUUACAUGAAGUACAUAAAUCAAAAUUUGCAAGCAUAGUUUUGAUGCCAGAAAUAAUCUUUGUCAGGGACUAAAUACAUGCAAAAAUAUCCCAGAAACUGUACUGCCAAUAAGAAAAAUUUAAGUUUUGAGCUAAAAAUGGGCUAAAUCUCAAACUAAGGCUGCCACAGAAAAGCUCAGAAGAUGAUUCUAAUCGGGAGAUAUGGUGACCAGUACGGGAGAGCGGGAGAUCAGUGCUGUAUCCAGGAGAGUUGGCGUGUAUGUUACCAUGGUCUGGCAAAUAAUUUGCUCAUCAUAAUGGAGUGCAGAAUUACAAAAAGAAUAAAUUCUUUGACUGCAUUUUCCUUAGACUGAGAAAGAAGUGACUGAAUUCAUCAAGGAUACAAAACAAACAAGAGUGAAGUACCCGCCAAUGACAAGAAUCCAAAGAAGUAUUGUGUAUGUAUUUGCCAAUUAUCACACUUCUUUCAGAGAAUAAGGCUGGAGUGGUAUUCUCCAUUAUUUAAUUUACUCUCUGUUUUUCUUCUCACUUCAUGAAGUUGUUAUUGUUUUAGUUUAGGCGACCAAUUUAUCUUUAUUGACAACUGUUUUGAAAUUAAUGAAAUGAAUCAUGUUUUGAACUGCGGACAAAGAUAUGAAAGUGAAUGUGAUCCUCGCAGUUGAAUGAUCAACCUAGACAGUUGAAAAAGAACCUGAAAAAUUCAGGUUUGAUCGGGCAAUGAACCCUGGCCUUUGCAAUGACCAGACUCACUUAUCAAUGGCCUUUCUCCAGUUGUCUUGGUUAGCUCAAUAGAUAAUUUAAUUUAAUUUCAAAACUUAUCAGGUGCAAAUAUCUAUAUAAAUAUAUUCAAAUGCGCCAUAGGGAAAAAACAAUAAUAAUAAUAAUAAUAAUAAUAAUAAUAAUAAUGAAAAAAUAAGAUGAUAAUAUAUAUAUAGAAUAGAAAAGCUAAUGGCUAAAAGUUAAAAAGAUAAAAUCUGUUAGCAUAAUCUUAAAAAUUAUAAGCUAAAAAUACAAUCUUAUAAUCUAAGUGGUACAAAAUGUUUUUUUAAAAAGGUGAGUCUUCAACUUUCUCUUAAAAGUGUCAGUAGAAAUAGAUUCCCUGAUAUAUCCUGGCAGAACAUUCCAUAACUUAGGUGUGGCAAACAGAAAGGCCUGUUCACCGAGAGUUGCCUUGGGCUUAACAUUCAGAUAACUAGGGAGAAUAUUGUAUAGGGUAUCUUGUUGCAUCUGGCCAUCGCAAAGGUUAGGGUUCGUUGCCCAGUCAAGCGGAAGCUUGAACUUUUUCAGGCUCUUUUUAAUUCGCUGAGGUUGUUCAUUCUACUGCAAAGAUCAUGUUAACUUUCAUGACAACUGUUUGUUGCCAUGUUCUCAUUUUGUUGUUUAAAAGUCUGGACACUUCAGGUCUAAAGUAAGGUUAUUAUUUCCUUUAGUUAUUGACCUUAAGAAUAUAAUGUAUGGUUAAUAUUUUUCUUGUGUUACUUGCAGUCAUGACGUUGCAGAGAUUGCUGGUCUCACAACUUUUUCUUUUGGGGAAGAGGAAGUUGAUAGAUAUGUUAUGCUGUUUAAAAAGGUGAAAACCANAAAUAAUCUUUGUCAGGGACUAAAUACAUGCAAAAAUAUCCCAGAAACUGUACUGCCAAUAAGAAAAAUUUAAGUUUUGAGCUAAAAAUGGGCUAAAUCUCAAACUAAGGCUGCCACAGAAAAGCUCAGAAGAUGAUUCUAAUCGGGAGAUAUGGUGACCAGUACGGGAGAGCGGGAGAUCAGUGCUGUAUCCAGGAGAGUUGGCGUGUAUGUUACCAUGGUCUGGCAAAUAAUUUGCUCAUCAUAAUGGAGUGCAGAAUUACAAAAAGAAUAAAUUCUUUGACUGCAUUUUCCUUAGACUGAGAAAGAAGUGACUGAAUUCAUCAAGGAUACAAAACAAACAAGAGUGAAGUACCCGCCAAUGACAAGAAUCCAAAGAAGUAUUGUGUAUGUAUUUGCCAAUUAUCACACUUCUUUCAGAGAAUAAGGCUGGAGUGGUAUUCUCCAUUAUUUAAUUUACUCUCUGUUUUUCUUCUCACUUCAUGAAGUUGUUAUUGUUUUAGUUUAGGCGACCAAUUUAUCUUUAUUGACAACUGUUUUGAAAUUAAUGAAAUGAAUCAUGUUUUGAACUGCGGACAAAGAUAUGAAAGUGAAUGUGAUCCUCGCAGUUGAAUGAUCAACCUAGACAGUUGAAAAAGAACCUGAAAAAUUCAGGUUUGAUCGGGCAAUGAACCCUGGCCUUUGCAAUGACCAGACUCACUUAUCAAUGGCCUUUCUCCAGUUGUCUUGGUUAGCUCAAUAGAUAAUUUAAUUUAAUUUCAAAACUUAUCAGGUGCAAAUAUCUAUAUAAAUAUAUUCAAAUGCGCCAUAGGGAAAAAACAAUAAUAAUAAUAAUAAUAAUAAUAAUAAUAAUAAUGAAAAAAUAAGAUGAUAAUAUAUAUAUAGAAUAGAAAAGCUAAUGGCUAAAAGUUAAAAAGAUAAAAUCUGUUAGCAUAAUCUUAAAAAUUAUAAGCUAAAAAUACAAUCUUAUAAUCUAAGUGGUACAAAAUGUUUUUUUAAAAAGGUGAGUCUUCAACUUUCUCUUAAAAGUGUCAGUAGAAAUAGAUUCCCUGAUAUAUCCUGGCAGAACAUUCCAUAACUUAGGUGUGGCAAACAGAAAGGCCUGUUCACCGAGAGUUGCCUUGGGCUUAACAUUCAGAUAACUAGGGAGAAUAUUGUAUAGGGUAUCUUGUUGCAUCUGGCCAUCGCAAAGGUUAGGGUUCGUUGCCCAGUCAAGCGGAAGCUUGAACUUUUUCAGGCUCUUUUUAAUUCGCUGAGGUUGUUCAUUCUACUGCAAAGAUCAUGUUAACUUUCAUGACAACUGUUUGUUGCCAUGUUCUCAUUUUGUUGUUUAAAAGUCUGGACACUUCAGGUCUAAAGUAAGGUUAUUAUUUCCUUUAGUUAUUGACCUUAAGAAUAUAAUGUAUGGUUAAUAUUUUUCUUGUGUUACUUGCAGUCAUGACGUUGCAGAGAUUGCUGGUCUCACAACUUUUUCUUUUGGGGAAGAGGAAGUUGAUAGAUAUGUUAUGCUGUUUAAAAAGGUGAAAACCAUUUAUCUGUGUAAAGAUGCAAAACAAGUAGCCUCAGGUGUAGUCUCAUUAGCUAGGGUGAAGAUUUCAAACUGGCUCGAAGCUGUCUUCUUGGUUCCUGGCUAUCUAAUUCAAUUUUCUGUUGCAUUUUCAACCCAACCUAAUAGACAAGGCUUCUGUUAGGUCGCCAGGAAAAGAGGUCAAAUGUCACAGGAUUUUCAGAGACAGAUUCGCAGAAAAAUCGGUUGAUUUUAAGGGACUUUCAUGGGAAAUGUUCGAGGCUAACUUCGCCGAAAAACAAUCGGUAGAAAAAGGCCAAUUUCAUGGGAAUUUUCUGGGCAAAUUUCUCUAGAAAUCGAUUGAUUUUGCGCUGAUUUCAUAAGGUGCAUUAUGAGAGAUGUAUAAUUUAUGGGAAUACACUGUAGACACACCCACACUAUCCAAGAGGGUCAUUUCUUCAGGACAAAUUUUAAACUUAAGAGAACAUUAUUUUACCUUUCACUACACUGCUCAUUGUUUCCUUUUGUUUUUAAGGAAUUUCCCCCUUCAGAUGAAGAACUUGAUGCUUACAGAAAUGGAGAGGUUUGUUGACAAACCUCUAGUUUGUGGAUCAGUUAAAGCAUUUGGGAUUUAGUAAAUACAUGUAGUAUGACAAGUAAUUCCAUGAGCCUCACAACAAACUGACAGUGUAUAAUAUGCUGUAGGUUUUUUCAGAUUCUCACUUUCCAUUGUUUUCUAAUCCUAAUAUAUAUUCUUGAUCAAGAAUAAUUGAGGAUGUGAGACAAAGAAGACUAAGUUGAAACCAUUUUAACCUGACAUUGUUUCAUUUUAACCUACAAUGCAUACACUAAUCGUCACGUAAAAAAUUACGCGCAAUAAAGAAGUGCAGGUCAACUUUUAAAGUAGAAUCACAUUAAGCAUGCACGAUGAUGGUAAACUUAAAAUCUUUUAAAACUCUGAGGAACCUUUUUUUACUUUCAUGAUUGUAUUCUGGCAUUAAAAUAACAUUUUGCUGUUUAUUUUAUCCAGGAGUUUGAUCCUGAAAAUGUAAGCAAAUCUAAGGAGCAAGCUAAGGUAAGGAAGGCCACGUAAUAGUUUUUCAUAAAUGUUGAUGCCUUCAGAUCCCUAGACCUAGAAUAGUUACUCACGAGAGGUGAAACCACAUUGAAGUUCAACUCUAUUCAGAAAUCGCACAACAGGGGAGACAUCCUCCUUAAAAAACUUGAAUUUCUUAAGCCUUUGCUAAUAUCAUAUGCUGCAGUGAGUGACUCUAACAAAUUAUUGUAGACAAUUGGCUUUGCUCUAAAUUGAGUUGGAGAUAGUUAAUUUCAAAAUGUCACUAACUGGGAUCAGGUUGCCUUUGUGGCGAGCCUCCCACACCGACAUUCUUAGGGGUUUCUCACACAUUCCUUCCCCAAGAGGAAGGAUUGCGUGAUGAGCCAACGAAUGUCUGUGUAGGAGGCUACUUCUUGUGGGAACCAAAGUAGUAUAUGCUUUCUGAAUAACAGUAUAAUUUCUUGCAGAGUAUAGAUGAUAAUGCCAGCACUGUUAGCAAAGCACAAAAGACUUCAAGAGUAUCUCAUUCUCAACCACCUGCCACAUAUUACAAAGACAAGUAUAAACACUUAUUAGGAGUUGACAGUGGAAAAGAUGCUGCAAGAGCUACCAAAAGUAACUCUGCUUAUGGCUACGGUGAGUCCACAUCCAAAGAUAUUAACCACUGUUUUUUUUUUUGAAUAGGUAGAAUGCCGUAUUCAUUCGAAUGAGCGCCGCCUCCAAUUACGUGCUGCCCUCAAAUAAGUGCCACAUUUGGGGACCAAAAGGAUAAAAAGCGCCACCCCCGAGUAAGCACUGCGGCCCUGAUAUAAUCUUCAAAGUCACGUCCAACUUUCAAAUAAAUGCCUCCCUCAAAUAAACGUUGCAUUUGAGGCAUACAAAUUUAAUAAGCCUCCCUUCUUCGGGUAAACACAGUAUGAUCCUUCGGGUGAAUGCACACCUGAUUAGGACUGUUGUUGACAGUUAGUUACCUGUGCAUUUCAAUCCAUCACAGUUAUAACAGCCGUUUACUGUAAGUCAUCGUUUGUCCAGUCAUUUUGUGUUCGUAAAUAACUGCUAUACAGGCAUUUCUGUGCUCAAUAACCAUACGUGAUAGAAGCGUAACUACAAAGCUGGGUUUUUGCUAAUAUUCUUUCCCUUUAAUUUUUUUAUUUCUUCAUUUUUCCAGUUCCCAGUGAAAACAAAAGAGAUCUUCGAUCAAUAGAAGAGACUUUAAAUGACAUUCGCAAAAGAAAGAAGCUUAAACCUGACGACAUUGAUGAAGCAAGUGAGCCACACGAUUCCAAGGAUGAACAGUAAUUUGUUACAGGGAUAACUCAACCUCUGCUCUAACUGCAGUACUGAACAGUGCAGAAUGUAGGGUGGAAGACGAUAUCUUGCAGUGGGCACUUUUGUUUCUUUGCAAUGCCUUCCUUGACUCGAAUUCGGUAUGAGCAGAAGUUGCAAUUUUUCCUGGACUGGAAUUCAGACACAGAGUUGACAAUCAUCUCGCGGCGUGAAUCAAGUGGAUGGGCAGUCUCUUUGUUUGAUUUUAGAACACUCAGAACCGAAUUUUGUUCGAAUUUAAGAAAGCAACAAAGUUUAAAAGGUUACAAACAUUACACUGGAUUUUCAAGGAGACUGAAAGCUCCUCGAAUUACAUAUAAUCCCUGAAAAGUUAUUUUUCUCCUUGGAAUUAGACUACGAGCAGGCUCCUUUUUUUCUUUACAAAGUUACUCCACACGUAACCCAUGCAAGCGAGCGGCGAAGCCGCGCCAACGAGUUUAUUGUAACGUCGUUGUUUGCAUUCGCGCUGGCUGAGAAAAGAACUGGUCCCCGGAUUUUAAGAGAAAAUGCGGACGGUAAGCAGUUUACCAUGGGAUGUUCAAUGUAUUUUCCUGGUGAGAUGUGGCAGACUGAGAGCAACGCUACGUAGUUUAUUUCCCACAGUAUUCCUUUUUUCUAGCGUUAGCCAGGUCACGAAUAACUGUGAAAAUAAUUGAUACA